AUGCUGCGAACGCUCCUGUACGUCACGACUCAUCUGAGCGAGUGGCACACGUCGGGUCUCAGGUGCCUGUGGCCGGCCGCGGCGCGGCGGGCGCGGUUGCUCCGGGACGCCGACGUCGUCGUCUUCAACAGCGGACGGCCGGCGACCGCCGCGCAGCUCGCCGCCGUCGCCGCGGCGUUCCCGCGCUACAAUAAUCGCUCCGUGGAAAUCUUCUCCGCCGAGGCGACGCGGCAGGUGCAUCGCAAGGCCUUUACGCGGGGCUCGACGAAGAAGCAGAUGGGCGCCAUCCUGGCGCUGAGCGAGGCCGAGGCGCGGGGCUGGUUCGACGGCUACGACUGGGUCGUACGACUCAACCCGGACGUCAUCGUCAGCGAGGACCGCUUCCUGCGCACGCACAUGGCGCGCGACGGCAUCGACGCGGUCCUCGCCUUCUGCGGGCGGUCCUCGCCUUCUCGUACCACGAGCCGUGUCCACACGGACUUCAUGGCGUGGCGCCCGGCGACAUUACCGCGCGGCCAGUUCGCGCUGCCGCCGAACGCGACGACCGUCUGCGCCCAGCCGGGCGUGAUGGAAUGUAACGCUGAACGCCACGCGAUGCGCGCCCUCGCGCCCAUCGUCGCGUCGGGCCGCUACGCGGAGCUGCCCCAGACAUCCGGGCGGGGGCGGGGCGGCUGCCGCGUCGACAGCGCGACCGCGGACUCGCGCGUGGUCCACCACCUCCCGUGGGAGGCGGCCCCGGCCUGCGAUCGGCGACGGUAA